CAUUCUUUAACGGAAGAAUCUUGAAAAUCCAAAAAAACACAACAAAAAUCUGAACAGAAAGUCACUCCAUUUUACGUUUCAGAUUUUCCCAUUGUUAAAAUUAUCACCAUUAAUGCACAACCCCAUUUCAACUCCAUAUAAUCAUUUGCAUCUCCGAGCUUUUUCUUAUCAUCUUCAUACGAGUUCUCUAAAGAAAUAUUAAACACCCAAAGAUGAAAAAUUACCUCAUUUCUUGUAUUGUUUUCUUCCACCUUUUGAUCGUUUCUGUAAGGUCCGAUGUCCUCAAUGAUUCUUGCAGCCAAGCUGCAAAGGGCGAUCCGAAUAUAAACUUCGACUUCUGCGUAUCGAGCCUCCAAGUGGAUCCCAAAGCCAAAAGCGCCACCAGCGUCGCAGAUUUGGUCGACGUCGCGAUCGAUACCGCCAUGUCGAAUGCGACGAGCAUCGGGUCCAUCAUAUCGAAGCUCCUGAGUAACAAAAGCCUCGAACAGUAUGCGAGGACCUGCCUGGAAGAUUGCUCCGAGCUUUACUCUGAUGCAGGGUCGAAUUUAAAAAGUGGGGAGCAGGCUUUUGAGGGCAAAGAUUAUGGAACGGCUAAUUCGGAGAUAAGUGCCGCUAUGGAUGCAGCUGACACCUGUGAAGAGCAGUUCAAGGAGAAGGAAGGAGUGGUGUCGCCGUUGACGAAAGAGAACGGCGAUUUCUUUCAGUUGACGGCAAUCUCUCUUGCAUUCAUUAACAUGGUCCAAAAACGAUGAUAAAAUUUAGCGUCACAUCAAUAACUAAGCAAAAUUGUGUUAUAGAAAGUAAUUUUACACCUUUUUUUUUUUUUGCAGUUUUUGUUUCUCAUAAGUAAUGGGUUUAUUUGUAUGUUUUAGAGUCUUCUGUUUCAUGAUCAGUUCCUUAACUCAUAAGUUGAAAUUCAGCCUGAAAGGAAGCAUAAAGGAAAGGAAAGGAAAAUCAUAAAAGAUGAAAAUAUUCUUACCACA